AAAUAUGUGGUCGAAAUGAAACUUUUGGCCCGUGCGUUAUGCGUUGUCCCAAACAUUAUUGUCCAAAAGAUGACAGCAUAUUCCAAGUGGCGUGCUUACCACCGUCACCUUGCUUUGCAUUCGGAGGAUGUUUUUGUAAGGCCAAUUAUUUACGGACCAAUGAUGAGGAAGAACGGUGUAUCUUAGCUUCAGACUGCCCUCCUAUAGAAUGUACACGGAAGAAUGAGAUAUGGAACCCCUGCCCCGGACCAUGUUUCACAGAAUACUGCGGUUCGGAAGUGCCGAAAACGUGCAAUAAUUUAGUUGAUCAUAUGUGCAGACCGCAGUGCGUUUGUCUAAAAAACUACCGCAGAUACUAUACCACAAAUGAGUGUAUACCUGAAAACGAUUGCCCUGCAGUUGUAUAAAUCUAUUUAAACACUUACCCUGAAGAUAAAGGGCACAGUGGUACCGUCAUUCAAAUGCAAUUAGAUUCAAGAUAAAAUAAUAAGUCCAAUUUUUUAAGCUUAAUAUUGG